AGUCUUUUCCGGACUCCGCCAUCAGCAGGAGGCGGGACGAGCCGGAGGCCGCGUCCUAUGCGAAGCAGAUUUAUGGUCUGCAUUAUGUCUGGAGCCCGCACUGCGCCUGCUCUCUUCUUCCUCGGCUGUUCUGCGCUUGCGUUGGGCGUCAGCUCGGCCUCCCAGGAGCACCGCGAGGCUGAGUACUACGUGGCUGCUGUGUACGAGCAUCCAUCGGUCCUGAGCCCAAACCCCCUGGAGCUCGUUAGCCGCCAGGAGGCCCUGGAGCUCAUGAAGCAGAACCUCGACGUCUAUGAACAGCAAGUGAUGGCUGCAGCCCAGAAGGCAAGAGCAGCUUUCUGCUCCUGACCUGGGCUCAGGGCUCCCAGAGCCAGCUGCUCUGAGGUGUGCAGAUUAUAGUGUUCCCAGAAGAUGGUAUCCACGGAUUCAACUUUACAAGAACAUCCAUUUACCCGUUCUUGGAUUUUAUGCCGUCUCCCAAGCUGGUCAGGUGGAACCCGUGUCUGGAGCCCUUUCGGUUCAAUGACACGGAGGUCCUCCAGCGCCUGAGUUGUAUGGCCAUCAAGGGAGGGAUGUUCUUGGUGGCCAAUCUUGGAACGAAACAGCCUUGCCUCAGCAGCGACCCUGGUUGCCCACAGGACGGGAGAUACCAGUUUAACACAAAUGUGGUGUUCAGCGACAAUGGAACUCUUGUCGACCGCUACCGUAAGCACAACCUGUACUUUGAGGCGGCCUUUGAUACCCCUGCUAACGUGGACCUCAUCACCUUUGAUACGCCCUUUGCUGGCAAGUUUGGCGUGUUCACUUGCUUUGACAUCCUAUUCUUUGACCCUGCCGUCCGACUCCUCAGAGACUUUGAGGUGAAACACAUUGUGUACCCCACAGCCUGGAUGAACCAGCUACCGCUCUUGGCAGCCAUUGAAAUUCAGAAAGCAUUCGCCACCGCCUUCGGUGUCAACGUUUUGGCAGCUAACAUCCACCACCCGACUCUGGGGAUGACCGGCAGUGGCAUACACACCCCUCUCAAGUCCUUUUGGUACCAUGACAUGGACGACCCCAAAGGUCACCUUAUAAUUGCCCAGGUAGCCACAAACCCACAGGGCCUCACUGGGACAGGGAAUACAACUAGUGAGAUGGACCCGUCCCAUAGGAAGUUCUUAAAAAUCCUGUCCGGAGAUCCGUACUGUGAGAAGGAUGCCCAGGAAGUGCACUGUGAUGAGGCCGCCAAGUGGAACGUGAAUGUCCCGCCCACCUUCCACUCGGAAAUGAUGUAUGACAAUUUCACCCUGGUCCCUGUCUGGGGAACGGAAGGCCACCUGCAGGUGUGCUCCAACAGCCUCUGUUGCCACUUACUGUAUGAGAGGCCCACCCUGUCCAAAGAGCUAUAUGCCCUGGGAGUCUUUGACGGACUCCACACCGUGCACGGCACCUACUACAUUCAAACCUGUGCCCUGGUUAAGUGCGGGGGCCUUGGCUUCGACACCUGCGGGCAGGAGAUCACGGAGGCCGAGGGCUUGUUUGACUUUCAUCUGUGGGGGAACUUCAGCACUUUGUAUAUCUUUCCUUUAUUUCUCACCUCGGGGAUGACUCUGGACACCCCUGACCAGCUUGGCUGGGAGAAUGACCACUAUUUCUUGAGGAAGAGGGGACUGUCCUCCGGCCUGGUGACAGCAGCUCUCUAUGGACGGUUGUAUGAGAGGAAGUAGGAAAACUGUGGUCAGCGGGGUGGGCUCUGGGGGACGACCUGCCUUUCCAGGGCCACAGAUCCCAAGUGCUGGGAAAGCCACCCUUGUGGCACUGGCUCCCACCCUGGGGAGCCGUAAGAAAAUGGGAGGGGCAGUUCCUUCCUUUCUACAUAAUGACUGAGACAUUUUCUGGUAUUUUCUAUUCACUUUAGUCUGUCAGGCCACACCCUCUUCCCACUACACAAUUGGUUUUAAAUUUGAAGCCAGAAAAUAAACCUCAGUUGCUAUUUUACAAAUCCGCAGAA